AUGGAGUAUGGACAGUAUUUGGAUCUGGAGUUGGUUGGGUGGGUACCCAUUGCGCAACUGAUCUUGGGACUGCUGACCAUUGGCGCCGUCGCUCACCUUUUCCGUGUAUAUUGGCGGCUGAAGCAAAUUCCGGGACCUUUCUGGGCCCGAUUUACCAAUGUACAACGUGUAUUCUGGGUCAAGACUCGUCGAUCUCAUCAGAUCCACCAAGCCGUCCACGACCAGUAUGGCGAGGUCGUCCGAUUUGGCCCUACCAUGGUUUCACUGGCCAAUCCGGCUUGGAUCCCAACAGUGUACCCUAUUCGACCCGGAUUCCCCAAGAGCAACUUUUACCGGACCCUGAUGCCGUAUACGAGAAAGGGCGGCGCGCUGCCUGCCGUUUUCAACACGCGGGACGAGGAGCUACACAAGAAGAUCAAGUCCCCCAUCGCCCCGAUGUUUUCCAUGUCCAAUACGCUUCCACUUGAGGCCUUUGUCAACGAUACUAUCCAAGUGAUGACGGAGCAAAUUGAUAGGCGCUUCGUAGAAUCUUACGCCACCUUCGACUUAGCAGACUGGCUGCAGUAUUUCGCCUUUGACGUGAUGGGCACUUUGACCUUCUCCAAGAGAUACGGGUUCCUGGAGCAGGGUCAAGAUGUAGACGGUAUGCUGAUGACCAUUUGGACUUAUAUGAAGGCAGCAUCACCGUUCACACAAAUCCCCUGGUUCGACCAGGUCUGGCGCAAGAACGCUUUCAUGGCAGCCUUUCGCAAAACUGGAGGUAUGGCCAUUUUAGGUAUCGUGGGAAAAUUCGUUGCCCAGCGCGCAGAAGCGCGGAAGUCUGGCAAGGUAAUCGACAACGGCCUAGGCCAGCGCGAUAUGCUUUCUCAUUUCUUUGACGUUACGAUCGACAAUCCGACUCUACCCCCAUGGUGUGUUACGGCAUGGACCUUCUCCAACGUACUGGCUGGAUCGGACUCGACUGCGACUGUCAUGAAGACUGUUUGGUUCAACCUCCUGGCCCACCCUGAGUCAAGACGCCGUCUUCUCGAUGAGCUUUUGGACGCAGAACGAAAGAAUGGCAUAGAAAAGCCGUACCCGUCAUGGAAGGAUGUUUGUGACUUGCCAUAUCUUGACGCUUGUAUCCAGGAGGGUGUCCGACUACAUCCGCCAUUCUGUCUUCCAUUCGAGCGAGUCGUCCCCUCGGGAGGACUCAGGAUUGGUGACACCUUCUUUCCCGAGGGUACUGUAGUGGGUAUGAAUCCUUAUGUUGUGAACCGACACAAGCCCACCUUCGGCGAAGAUGCCGAUGAUUGGAAUCCCGAUCGGUGGAUGGUGCCGAAAGAACUGAGGCAGAAACGUGAAGCAGCGAUUCUCACAUUUGGCGCUGGCAGACGCGUUUGUCUGGGGCGACAUGUUGCUAUGUUGGAGCUCAAAAAGAUCGUUCCCGCGCUGCUUCUUCGAUACGACUUUGAACUUCUGGAUCCCACGCGAUAUCAAGUUGAGAACGCAUGGUUUUUCCGACAAUGGGGGAUUGACGUGAAAGUGAAGACACGUACGGAGCAGCCACACACCUCCCUCAAGUAA